AUGGGGUGCAGGUGCUGCAAAAUGAUACACAGCUAUCUCUUCGACCCAGUUCAAGUGCCCUCCCCGGGCUACGUCAACGAAGUGAGCAGCUGCAAGCUGGACGAGGAGGACACCGUGAAACUGAAAGGCAAACAAAGCGGCGAGGUCCCGGUGCACAGAAAUGACCUCCAGCGGGAGGGCUUGAGGAGGACGGGGAGCAGAGGCAGGAGGGCUGAGCCGCAGGAGCCCUGCUGGCCUCCCCAGGGGCCGCCCCCUCCGGGGGACACGGCAGGCGGCCCCUGUGCGGACAAGACUGGUGGUGCCAUCAAUGGCAUCGGGCCCGCUGGGGACCCCGGGCCCCCCCAGGAUGGCACGGGCUCCAGGGCCAGCACCGCCAACAGCGUGCCCCCAGCUCACCCCUUCCCGGAAAGAGGGGGCGCCGGGGAGACGGACCCUGCGCUGGGGGAUACCCGAGUCGUCUGGGAUGGAGACUCCAGAGUUUCUCCCGAGGCUGAGUGUCCCGCCGGGGACGUGCCGGACCCUGUCCCCCGGAUACCGGCCCCGGACUACCCUCCACACCAGGGCCCGGCUGGAGACCACGUGGAUCACGGGGGGAAAGAGGAGGUUCUCCAGGGCCACACCGAGGAGGAGGAGGAGCAGGAGGAGAGCCCGGAGGAAGCGCGCCCUGGCGCGGGGGAGCAGGGGCCGGACCUGCCCCUCUCCUUCCCGGGGAAGAGGAGCUGGGGUUCGGUAAACGGGGCCGUGGCUGCAGAGGCCCUGAGCGUCCACCUGGAAGAAGGGGACCCCACUCCGGUGGCCGAUGGGAGGAGCGGGCGGGAGGACGCCCGCGGCGCCCCCGGAGGCGGGGAGGCGGAGGAGGAGGAGGAGGAGGAGGAUGCGGAGGUGGCCGAGGCCCUGGCGGCUCUGGCCGCGGCCACUGCGGGGGAGGAUGUGGACGACGCGGAUUAG